CUAGUUUAAGAUCAAAUUUACCGGGGGAAAAAAUAUAGUUAUCCCACACUUUGUUUAGAAGUUGUGAUGGCAUUAGUGGAAAGAUAAUGUAAGAAAGUCUAUCUCCAUGCUCAAAAUUUAUUUACAAAGAUACCACUUAUUCAUCUAAUAUGAUUGCGAAACAUUAUUCAAUUGGACGAUUAUUGACGCAGUAAGAACGUCUUUACAAAUAGCGCUUCGAGCACUAUAACCGAAUUUUUGUAUAGUUAUGAGUGAUAUGAAAAUGAAAACCCAUGUAAAUAGUAAAGUUGAUUGCAGCUGAGUUCUUGUAACCUCAUUGUUCUCGUUCCAGAAAAUUCAAAAUUGUCGCGGCCUCGCGGGUCGGGAUAAUUACUAUUUUGUUUUGUUAAUCGUUUAUUAUCGAUUUAAUUUUUUACAGCUGAUAAAGAAAAGAGACUCUCUGUUUUGGCUCUGUCCGUUUUGAGAUGUGACCAUUUGGGGCAGGAAUCCAUUAAUCCAACCACCCUUUGGGAUUUUGAGGGAUGCGAAAAAUGGCUCAAACCUUUCCUUCUCCGCCGCCGGCAUUCCUUCCAAUACUUCUCUCCGCCGUCGUGUUACUAUUCCCGACCACCAUCUCCGCCGCCGCCGGAUCUGAUUGCUUCACAUCCAUCAUAAGCUUCGGCGACUCCAUCGCCGACACCGGCAAUCUCUGCGACCUCUCCCCGCCGCAACACCUCCCCCACAUGUGCUUUCCUCCCUACGGCAACACCUUCUUCCACCGCCCCACCGGCCGGAGCUGCGACGGCCGUUUAAUCAUCGAUUUCAUCGCUGAGCAUCUGGGUCUUCCUCUGGUGCCGGCUUCUUUCGAUGGCCGCCGGGGGGAUAUCGCGACCGGCGUCAAUUUCGCGGUGGCCGGGGCUACGGCGCUGGGUGUUGAGUUCCUCAAAAACUGGGGGGUGCCUGUGAUCACGACCAAUGUUUCUUUGAGAGUUCAGUUGGAUUUGUUCCGGGAGCUAAUGCCGUCGCUUUGCAACUCCGGCGAAAGUCCAGGAUGCAAUGGCGCCUUCGACAACUAUCUUUUUCUGAUGGGCGAAAUCGGUGGCAACGACUACAAUUAUCCAUUGAUGCUUCCAAUGAGCUUCGAAAAAAUCCAACAACUUGUGCCCGUUGUGGUCAAUUCUAUCGGUUUGGCUAUCGAGGAUGUAAUUGAGCUGGGAGCUGUACACAUCAUGGUCCCUGGAAAUUUCCCAGUUGGAUGCAUACCCGUUAUGCUAGCCAAUUAUCCGAGUUCGAAUCCUCGAGACUACGAUCCUUCCACGGGAUGCCUUACGUGGCUCAACCAGUUUGCCGAGCUACAUAACGAUCUUCUCCAAACCGAGCUGGGUCGUCUGAGAAAGCUUUACCCCCGCGUCCACAUUAUCUAUGCCGAUUAUUACAACGCCAUGAUGCGCAUUUAUCGUUCGCCGCAACAAUUUGGGUUCACGGGUGGAGUUCUGAGAGCAUGUUGUGGAGGUGGAGGGCCUUACAACGUCAACACGACGGUGAACUGCGGGAAUCCGGUGGUGAAGCCUUGUGACGACCCUUCAACGUAUGUUAACUGGGAUGGGAUUCAUUUCACUGAAGCCACCUAUAGAUUGGUUGCAAAGUACAUUUUGGAAGAAGGUUCAAUUGUUGAUCCUCGAUUGGGCGCCUCUUCUUGUGCUACAAUGGAUUCCAAGGCCCAAGCAUUAUGAGUUUCCUAGUUUGUUUUCUGUGAUUAUGAUGUUCACUAUUUGGAUGUCAAAGUAGGAGACAAAGAACAAGGAAUGGUAUCUCAUACAUUGAAGUAGUUGUCCGUUACCAGUCGCACGGUUUUACUUUUGGAGUGCAUCAUGACGACUUUCUCAGAGAUCAUUCGGUUUUGCACUGUCUUAUUAUGUAGAGGUGAAAAAAACACAUAUAAUAUAAUAAUAUAACUUGAGGGGGCAAACAUAUGACUUUCCUCGUAAGACGUAUCCAAAUAGACAUCCACUAGUUUCGCGUGUGAAUAGUGCGUUGUUUUCACCUUCACCUUCAACAUCCACUUAGUGUAUCCCUGUAGCGGACUUCAUCUGGUCACAUAACUUGCUACAAGCAAUUCCUCUAAAAAAAAUUUCAUUGUCAAUACAAUUUCUCCAUAAAAAGGCUUAGCCAAGGUUACAGUAGACCUUCAAUUUUGAAGCAUGGUUGCAUCAAAAAUUAUUUUGAGGCAACUCGUUGCUAGAACAACCCAAAUUGUGCAAGAUGCAAUACUUGCAUAUGAAAUUGACCCUCCAUGACACCAUGAUCACUACCAUACAGAUAAAUUAGAGUUCGCUAC